AGCAUUGGACACUUACUUUCCCACCAUGCUGAUGGCAUUUUAAAUAUAUUUGUCAAUUUUCCCAAAUUUUAACUGAAGAAGACCUUAAGAAUUUAUACUCAAGGACGAAAGUGUGACUGCCAAUUAUCAGGCUUUCAGGAUGAAUCUGGAAAAACUCAGCAAGCCUGAACUCCUAACACUAUUCAGUAUUCUUGAAGGAGAGCUUGAAGCAAGGGACCUCGUGAUAGAGGCUUUAAAGGCCCAACACAGAGAUACUUUCAUUGAAGAACGCUAUGGAAAAUACAACAUCAGUGAUCCUUUAAUGGCUCUACAGAGAGACUUCGAGACACUGAAGGAGAAGAAUGAUGGCGAAAAGCAGCCAGUCUGCACAAACCCACUCUCUGUCCUUAAGGUGGUGAUGAAGCAGUGUAAGAGCAUGCAGGAGCGCAUGCUGUCGCAGCUGGCUGCCGCUGAGAGCAGGCACCGCAAAGUGAUCCUAGACCUUGAGGAAGAAAGGCAGAGGCAUGCGCAGGACACAGCUGAAGGAGAUGAUGUCACCUACAUGCUGGAGAAAGAGAGAGAGCGGCUGACUCAGCAGCUGGAAUUUGAGAAGUCCCAGGUGAAGAAGUUUGAGAAAGAGCAGAAGAAGCUGUCGAGUCAGCUGGAGGAGGAGCGCUGCCGUCACAAGCAGCUGUCGUCCAUGCUGGCGCUCGAGUGCAGGAAGGCCACCGGCAAGGCGGCCGAGGAGGGGCAGAAGGCCGGCGAGCUGAGCCUGAAGCUGGAGAAGGAGAAGAGCCGCGCGAGUAAGCUGGAGGAGGAACUGGCGGCCGAGAGGAGGCGGGGCUUGCAGACGGAGGCCCAGGUGGAGAAGCAGCUGUCCGAGUUCGACAUCGAGCGAGAACAACUGAGGGCAAAACUGAACCGAGAAGAGAACCGGACCAAAACUCUGAAAGAAGAGAUGGAAAGUCUGAAGAAGAUAGUGAAGGCUCUGGAGGCUUCUCACCUGCACAGUAGCCCUCCUGAGCAAGCGAGGAGGCCGGUGACCGUGUCGAAAGGCACGGUGACUGAGCCUCCCGUGCUGGUGUCUGUGUUCUGCCAAACGGAGAGAAGCCAGGGCAGCAGCGCAGCCAAGGUGACCGCCGCCGCCGGGCCGCCUGGUCCCGCCACUCCUACUUACUCGUGCGCAAAAACCAACGGCCAUUUGGAGCCAGAGGGACAGACCACCAAGGAGCUGGUGGUAGGCAGCAGCGGGGAAAACCAAGUGCCUCCACGAGAGAGGCCUGUGGGGUCGGCCCAAGAGAAAGCAGUGGAGAACGGCGGGUGUCCUGUGGGAAUUGAGACUCCUGGCCCAGCACCUGCUCACCUCCCGUCCAGUGGGGGCUCCCUGUCUCCCAGCAGCACGGCCUCCUCCUCCCUCACAUCCUCUCCUUGCUCCUCCCCAGUGCUAACUAAGCGCCUGCUGGGGUCCUCAGCCAGCAGCCCCGGCUACCAGUCAUCCUACCAAGUAGGGAUCAACCAGCGGUUCCAGGCGGCUCGGCACAAAUUUCAGUCCCAGGCGGAUCAGGACCAGCAGGCCAGUGGUGUGCAGAGCCCCCCAUCCAGGGACCUGUCGCCCACCCUCAUAGACAACUCUGCCGCCAAGCAGCUGGCCCGCAACACCGUCACUCAGGUGCUCUCCAGAUUCACUAGCCAGCAAGGGCCGAUCAAGCCUGUCUCCCCCAACAGCUCUCCCUUCGGCACAGACUAUCGGAAUCUGGCCAACACUGCCAGCCCGAGAGGCGACGCCAGCCAUUCCCCCACUCCAGGGAAAGUGUCCAGUCCGCUGAGCCCUCUGUCUCCAGGGAUCAAGUCCCCCACCAUCCCCAGGGCUGAGAGAGGAAACCCUCCACCCAUCCCGCCCAAAAAACCUGGCCUCACCCCUUCUCCAUCCACCACCACUCCACUGACCAAAACUCAUUCCCAGGCCUCCUCUUUGGCCACCACGGAAGACCUAGCCGUCAGCUGCUCCUCCACGGCUGUCGUGGCUAACGGCAAGGACGUGGAGAUACUCCUGCCUACCAGCAGCUAGUCCCUCGCGGGAGUCUCCACGGCUGACAUUCCACCAGAUUUCGUCCAAGAGCUCAGAGUCCAACUGUUGAGUCAGAUCAUGUUAUUUAUUUUGACAGUAGCUGAAACCAUCUGUAGAGUCCAUUUAGUGUAUUUCGCCUUUUUGUAUUUUUUUUUUUUUUAAGUAGAAACUGAGUCGUUUGGAUUUUUAUGCCUCACACCUUUGUACUAAAGCAGGAAGGGCACCUCAAAGACGUCUCAAGCUCAGCAGUCACCAUCUCGUUGUGAUGGAGAAAGCUAACUGAGGACCAGGUGGUGAUUUGCUGUCUAUUUUGGGACUGGAAUCGCUCAACACUCAUUGUGAAUUAUGCAGAAGUGGUUCGUGCAGAUUGUUAUUCCAGAUGAACAUGUCUCAAAAGUGCCUGAAAUAAGACUGCCAUGCGAAUGUGAUUCUGCAGCGAAAACACAAAAUGGAUCAUCUAAUUGCAGAAAAUGAGAUCCUCCGUGAAUCCUGAAUGUUAAAAAACAACACUGCUUUUAAACCUCUUUUACUGUUUUUAAUAUAAGCUUUGGGUUCAGAAACAAGGCUGCAUCAGGAGAAGGGGAAUCCGGAAGGUGGGUGUGACCUCGCCACGGAGCUGAGCUUUAUAGAGCCCUUGAGAAGCCCUCCCGGGCAGGAGGCAACAAAGGUGCUGAUUUUCGCAUACUUCUAAAAAAUUAAGUCACUCCCAGUUACCCUCAGCAGCCCUUGAAUAGAAUGAAAUCUCAUCUCCAUUCAAAAAAUGUCUUCAAGCAUCUACUGUUGUAUAAGGAACUUCUGAUUCCAAUUGCUAUUACUUGAAUAGGAAAUGGUUACUCGUUCUGUAUAAAAAGUUUUGCAACAGGAUGAGAUCUUUAUUAUGUAAUCAAAAAGCAAUAACUUAAAGUUCAUUGUCUCUGUAAUAUUAUAAGUCAGAAUUAUACAGGUUUUACCAAACUGUUACACUUACUCUCGGAGCUGCCAGCACUUGGUGUAUCUGUGCAACCAAAUUAACUUUUCCCUAAAUGGAAGUAUACAUAGAUCUGUAUAGAUACACAGCCCUUUGUGCGUCUGACAUACACACACUUAAACACAUAAAUAUUAGUGUGAU